GUAUAGGUAGCCGGGCACCGCCACCACCACUCGCGCACCCAUCCAAUCAAUAACGUUUCUCUGCCAUGGCAGUGAGCAGCUCGUCGAGGCUAUUCGCAAUUCGCAGUAUCGCAGCUGCAUUUCAUUAGUCGAAUCCUAGAGCACAUUGUUUAUUGUCGAUGGCGCCAGUUCACACAAGUCGUUUUCAUCCCUCGGCGCAGUCGGAGUAAUCUACGUGCGUGUAAGUUUAGUGCCAGUCGUGCUGCCGCCCGCUCUCUAUUGUCUCUCACGCACACACACGCACACAGAAUGUCAAAACAGACCAAGAGCAUCCGACAACGCUAGCAGGCAACCUCGCACUCUCGCAGAAGACGAAUUCGCGCGAAGUGCGCGUCGUAAUACACGCAAGUAGCGACGAGCCCUUCUCGAUGCUCGUGGACAUCCAUCAGUAGCUGACGAAGAUCAUUCGACACCAUGUCCAGGAACGCAGGAGAGAGCAGAAUACCGCUGCCGCGGGCGGUGAAGCCGUCGCUACUGCCGAAACUGCGCUCGCUCGCGCAGCCUAAGAUUGGCAACGCCAAUCACCGUCGUCAUUCCCCGUCGUCCGUCUACCCUCCCAGUAACAAGCAGCAGCAGCAGCAAUCUCCGCACUACGUCUUCGGCAGGCUGCAGCAGCAGCCGGCCACGGCGAAGCCCAACGGCAAUAAGCAGUUCAACGACGAGACGAUCUUCGAAACGCCCAACAAAGCAGAAGAUCUCGUGUGCUCGAAUCAGGUCGAUCUGUCGAUAACGGCCUUGUGGGACGCCGCAAAGGACAAUAAGGAGGCCGAACAUCUGAUGCGCCUUAGCAAUGAGCAGCUCAGCCUCUUUCGCUCACAAGAGGAGCUCGCGCAGGAGGAUCCCGCGUGGCUAAAGCGCCGGCAGCCGUCGUACGAGGAUUUCGAACUGGAACUCGCCGGCAGCCGGCAGCAGCAACAACAGGAGGCGUCGGUGAAGCAGCUCGAGUCGCCGUCGGUCGCCAGCCAGCCGCCACACUACUUGAUGCUGCAGACCAAGCAGAAUUCGUUCGAGCACGACGAGAGCAGUCUUGGUAUUCUUACCCCGGAUCAGAUGACCGACUUCACCGUCGCCCUCGAGUCCUCGAGAACGCCCUCCUGUGAGAACCUUUCGGCUCGCGAACCAACAGCCAAUUUUCUACUGAGCAAGAGCAACGCCGUGGUAGCCGCGGCAGCCCGGCAUCUGGACAUUGUGGCCUCCGCCCCCGAGCCCAUCAGCCCCAACGACAGGAGCCCAUCCUACGAGGAUCUACCCCUGGAUCCUCGGCCUGUGCUGCUGAUCAACGACGACGAGGACAGCAGCAGCCUCUGCGCUGAGGACGAACGCGGGCGAACCCCACUGUCGGCCAAGACCAGCGCCGCCGACUCGAGUGAGACGAGCGCGGCCAAGCCGCUGCCGACUAGCUUCGUCACGUCAGUUACGAGCAUCACUAGCCUCGAGGCUGGCUACCAAGGCGAUGGCGAAAAUUCCAGACCGGCUAGCCGGGGCGCCGAGUCACUGUCACUGCUACCGUCGGCCCUUGGUCUCGUGGUCGGUGGCGGUGGCCUCGGCACGCACGCCGAGCGCAGCGUUUGCAAGCAGGACCCGAUGACCGACUCGGACUUCUUCACGGAGAGCGACGCGGACGAGGUGGUACGCGGUGCCGGCGACCGCCGUGCCCAGGUCAUCGACGGCACCCUCUUUUGUGCGCAGUCGGCCGAGCGCCGCUGCCAGGCCGGCUUCGAGCCCGCCGAGGAGAUGGACUCAUCUGGCAUCUACUCAGAUCUUGACAAACGACAGGACAACACCUCGGGCCUCGAGCCCGAGGAACCCUACGCCGAUGGGGAUCAUGCCACGGAUACUGCCGAUACGGGCGAUACGGGCGACACCGAAAUCUCGGUGAGGAGCCAGCCGUCGCCCCAGGAGACGACGCCUACUCCUGCUCUAAUCACCAAGAACAUGCUGACCCCGGACCCUCUGAACGACACUUUGGAAUCAAAUUCGACCGUUUCCACGGCGGAAGUGACUGUGAUCAAGUGCCAAAAGAAUGAGCAAAACGCAGCGACCAGAAUAAAAUCCAAUAAUUUUAGUAACAAGGAGAAUGCGGCGCCCCUGAAAAAGUACAAAAUGCCAAAACGGAAUGUCAUCUCGAAGAUCAAGACCAUGAUCGAAGCCAAUCAGAACCUACUGAGAGAGGAGACGGAAAGUGAGCCCAAGCGAAUGCAUAGACAGCAGCGCAAAAACGGCCGCUGGGAUGCGGUGAUGAACAAGAUCGAAGCGGGCAAGCAACGCGGCAGGGCCUUCAAGAAGGAAGUCAAGUCACGGGUUCUACAGGGUCUGCCGAACUCCACCACGUCCUCUACUGCUUCGACUUCAUCGACGAGGCACACCACCACUGACACCAACAAGGAUAAGCGGAGAAUGCGAGGCCGACCGGAGACGAGCUAUUCCAACCAGGAAUUGGCUAGAAGUUCGUUGCGUAGCUCCGCUAGCGAUCUCAGCAGUACGCAUAGUAAAGACGCACCGAAGAGACCGACGAGGAAGAACUGCAUCGAGGCCCCGACGCAACUGCAUCAACCCAAUAACAACCAGAUUGGCUCUAAUCUUACUAAGUCAAAAUCGAAUCUCUCGACUCAAGCGAGGAAAGCACCGAGUAUCAAGAGCGUCCAGAGCGUCAACGUCAAGCAGAAAAACACGACGACUAACAAAGUGGCCGAACAGAACCAACCCGCCCGCUUGGCCCACAAGCAACUCUCCGCCGUCAUCCUUAACAACAAUAACAACAACAACAACAACAACAACUGCAGCAGCAACAACAAUAACAGUCAGCAUCAUCGGCAGAGCGAGAGCAUUGGUAACAAUAACAACAACGUCGUGGUGGUCGCCGUCGUAGCCGACGAGCAAAGCAAGAGCCCCGGCGACAGGAUUGAGAGUCGAGAGCAACAGGUCCAAACAGAGGAACACUCGCAAGACUGGAGCAAGAGGACCGAGGAUACGGUGCAGGCCCUCGCCGUCACCGUGCAGUACUUUACGCGCCAGCUGCACCUAGAGGACCUCACGGGCACGCGAUUGCGCCAGCAGCUCAACGCCAUGAAAACUGAGUGGCUCGGCGCGAACUCCGAACUCGAGGCGCUGCGCCUCGACAAAGCCAGCGUCGAGGAGGCGCUCAGUCACGAGAGGAACCAGCAUCUCCAUCGUAUUCAAAAUCUCACACAAGAACUGGAACAGGAGCGCACGCAGCGCUCGAGUCUGGAGAGGCGAUUGCAGGAGGAGCGACGCCAAAUCGAGAGGCUGCAAGGUUGUCUAGAGGAGCAUCAGCGUGAGGAGAAAAUCCUUCAGGAGCGCCAGCAGGUCGAGCAGGAGCUGCAGCCGAGCCGACCUGCCAGCGGUGGCAGCGCGCAGCAACAAGAUUUAAAUAGCCUUCUCGCGGCCGAGGUGGAGUCGCUGCGCACUGUGCUGGAAAUCCGCAGCCAGGAGAGCGGCCAGCUACGCGCCGAGGUCGACCUGCUACGUUGUGAGCUCGACGACAAAGAGCAGCUGCGACUUAAGUGCGAGUCACUGGAGGCGCGCUGCGAGGACCUCAAGGCCCAGCUGAACGCUAAGGAGGAGAGCGACCGGCAACUCGCCCACGAAAACGAGAAGCUCCUCGCCUCCAUUCAUCAGCUGAGCAAGCAAAACAAGCGAUUGUCGCAGCGCAACGAGGAGUUGCUCUGGCGAUUGCGUCAGAAGAACGAGGUUGUCAGCGUGCUCACCAACCAGCUCACCCCGCAGUCUCAGCAACGGCUCUCCAAGUCUCUGCAACCCUCUUCCUCCAACUUCCAGCUAGAAAAUACUACCUGUUCCAUGAAAUACAUGGUGGAGAAAGGCGACUCGGUGUCCUGGACCCUCGACAUCAGCGACAGUUUUGAAACCUGUCACAGCCAAAAUUCGGCCUCAGCAACUCAUCGUCCAUCCUCGUGCUGCUCGUCCUCUAGGCGGCACACCGGCAGCGCAAGCAACGGCUCGUUUGGGCCCAACAGCCGAACGCGCUCAAACAGCACUAGCGUGGUCGAUAGGCCGGCUAAAAGCGCUAAGACCAGCCUAUCCCUCAACGAUAGUCAGGCUGCACCUAACUGGAAACCCAGAGCUAUCAGUCCACUCCUCUCCAGCGUCUCGCUGUCAAACACUCUUACUGAAACUGCCUCUGGGCAAGGACCAAACGCCUGCAACGUCAAGGCUGCGGCGGCGCUGCAAGUGUCUACAGAUGACGACGAUGAUGACGAUGAUGAUGACGACGACGUUGUUAAUGCUGCCGCCGCCGGAGAGCGCGACGAUGAAGUGGAAAGCCUGGGCCAGCGACCGCAAGAGGCAGGAGGCGAGGCCAUGAUCUCCGAGGAGACGUCCACCUCCUCAAGCAGCGAGGACGAGUCCUCGGUCAGUAGCGGCGACAUUCCUUGA